GUGUGGGGCUGGGUCUCCUGCCGGGGAAGGUGGGCUCCUGCCGCGGGGCUGAGGCUGGCUGCGGCGGGGGAAGGCCCCACUGCGGAGCGGCGACCGUGCCGUGGGCCCGAGCCGUCCUGCGGGGCAGGGGACACCCUGCCCUGGGAAGGAGCCUUGCUGUGGCGUCAGACCCUGUUCUGGGGGAGGCGGGGUGCUGCUUGAGGGGGCAGAGCGGGUCUGUGUAUCUGUCAGGAGAGGCGCCUCCUCAUUCCCUAUAUCUGACAGACCCCUGCUGAGAGCUGGAGAAACUUCAAGCCCCCUGUGUGUGCGACCGGUGCCCUUUAUCCACACGCGGAGGUGCUGCUUCCACCACAUUUGUGCACCCGUUGCCAACAGCAAAGAACCAGCUCUUGGCUCAGCUGGCCGAGGCACUUCAGCUUUUUCAAACAAUAAACCUUAAAUAAUUGCAGUACUUGUGAUUUCUAGCUGCUUAAAGAAUAAAACUGUGCAAAACUGUUGUAAUGGCUGACGAAACAACAGAGUGCUCCUGUGCUUGCUUGAGAGCCUACAGCUCCUGGCCCUUUCCUGCCUGUCUCGCCCAGUGGCCUGCAGAGAGCAGGGAGGCUCCUGCAGCCAGUGGCAGUCUGAACCUCCAGUAGUAAGAUAAGCAUGGAUGUGGGAGAUCUGUAUGUGCCAGGCAGCCUUUCACGUUGAGAGCUGGCUAAAAUAAAGCCCAGGGAACUGUGGGCAAUCCAUUGUGUCCCUUGCUGCCAUUCAGUCCUUCUUUUUCCAUGCAGAUUUGUUUCUGGAGUGCGGAGAUGGUGCUGUGGAAAGAGCCUUCUUAACCUCCCACAAUGCCCUUUUCUGACUUUGUCUUAGCACUGAAGGACAACCCGUACUUUGGGGCUGGGUUCGGCCUCGUUGGGGUGGGCACAGCCCUGGCAUUAGCUCGGAAGGGGGCCCAGUUUGGGCUGGUGGCUUUCAGGCGUCAUUAUAUGAUUACCUUGGAGGUGCCCAGCAAGGAUAAGAGCUACCACUGGCUGCUGAACUGGAUCUCCCACCACGCCAAGCACACGCAGCACCUCAGUGUUGAGACAUCAUACCUGCAGCACGAAAGCGGGCGCGUCAGCACCAAGUUUGACUUUGUCCCCAGCCCUGGGAACCAUUUCAUCUGGUAUCGCAGGAAGUGGAUUCGCAUCGAGCGCAACCGGGAGAAGCAGAUGAUUGACCUGCACACAGGGACGCCAUGGGAGUCUGUCACCUUCACUGCACUGGGCACCAACCGGGAGAUCUUCUUCAGCAUCCUCCGGGAAGCCCGGGAGCUGGCGCUGCAGCAGCAGGAGGGGAGAACGAUCAUGUACACAGCCAUGGGAGCCGAGUGGCGGCAGUUUGGCUUCCCCCGCCGCCGGCGGCCUCUCAGCUCUGUGGUGCUGGAGGAAGGUGUGUCGGAGAAGCUGGUCCAGGAUGUGAAGGAGUUCAUCGACAACCCGAAGUGGUACAGUGAGAGAGGGAUCCCCUACCGAAGAGGCUACCUGCUGUAUGGUCCUCCUGGCUGUGGGAAAAGCAGUUUCAUCACAGCUUUGGCCGGGGAGCUGCAGUACAGUAUCUGCCUGCUUAGCCUCAGUGACCGCAGCCUCUCUGAUGACCGGCUCAAUCAUCUCCUGAGUGUGGCACCGCAGCAGAGCAUCAUCUUGCUGGAAGAUGUGGAUGCUGCCUUCAUCAGCCGGGACCUCGCUGCUGAGAACCCAGCUGUGUACCAAGGCAUGGGGCGCCUGACCUUCAGCGGCCUCCUCAAUGCGCUGGACGGUGUGGCAUCCACAGAGGCCCGGAUUGUCUUCAUGACCACCAACUAUGUGGACAGGCUGGACCCAGCCCUGGUGCGUCCCGGCCGUGUGGAUCUCAAGCAGUACGUGGGCCAUUGCUCCCACUGGCAGCUUGCCUGCAUGUUCCAGCGCUUCUACCCUGAGCAACCCCUGGCUGCAGCCGAGCGGUUUGCAGAGCAGGCACUGGCAGUCUCCAAACAGAUCAGUGCUGCCCAGGUGCAGGGUCACUUCAUGCUCUACAAGACAGACCCUGAAGGAGCCAUUUCAAACAUACGCUCCAUCCUGCUGUGACCAGGGGCCCAGCUUUCCCCGGCCACGCUAAGAGGACUGGGACAAGGAUGUGACCAUCUCAGGGAUGCCAUGAAGCUGCCCAGCCGUGCAUGCCAGGUUUCUGUUCACCUCUACUCCUCCAAGGCCUUGACUUUUUAUUAAAACACAUGGAGAGUCAGAACUGCCAGCCUUGCAGCGUGGAGAGGGAGUCAGCUCUUGCUGCUCCCCAGACUUUGGUGCUACUGCACCGUCCCUGUGUGUGCCUCGUGCUGGGAUUGCUGUAAGCUGCCAAGGCUUCUGGAUGUGAAUCACCUUCCUUGCAGGACAGCCUGGGGGUGCACUAGAAGGGCAUUUCCUUGGGGCAGGACAUUGGGGUGCUGCACUACUAAAGAGCUGCUGGCCUUUGAAGGGACAGCGGUCUUCACUGGUUUGUGAAUAUCCUCUGAAAUACACAGCGUGGCUCUUGGC